UGACCGCUAAAGGCCCCCGCAGGAGAGGCAGCAUGGCCCGUCUCAGUCUCAGUGAACCAUCCCUUCUCACUCCAAAUGAAAAUGCCUUAUUGGAGGGAUUCUCCAGCAUCCGCCGGCCCAGUGUUUUACAGAAACGAGCCCCUCCUCCCCCUCCUUUCAGCAGGUCAUCCACUCUGAUCCCCUGUAAGACCUGCCACCCAUCAGGGAGUGUCCAGCCUCAGCAGCAUCAGGACCAGCAGCAGACCCAAAGCUGCACCAGAUCCACCUACAUCCACUUCUGCCAGACCGUUCAGCCCAGUAUGAAGCCAAAACCAGUGAGGCGGCAUUCACACAACCCGGCCACGAGUUCUGAGGUCAUACGAGGUGACCCACGCCCUUUGGUGAUGCAGGACCGUAAUGCCUUAACCCUUGCGGAGCCGCUGUCCGUCAUUGGGAAGCCCUGUUUGCCGAGCUGCAGUCCACGCCCGAUCCUGGCUACUGCUGCUGCUAAUGGUCAAAAACGCACUCAGCUCCAUGUGUUUCUGCCCACUGAAGCGGAGGGAGAGGAGGUGGACAGUGAGUCUGUGGAUGAGGGCUUCAUGGACGAGUUGGACAGUAAGAUAACUUCUCUGAAGCUCCAGCAGGGGGCACCAAAGACAGUUACAUACCACUGAACACACAAGAACCACCUGCUGCACUAUGUGAUCAGAAAAUGUGCAAACCCCUGUUUACUCUUGUGUUAAAGUUUGAGCUGGACCCUUUAUAGUAAAUGGACAUAUUACUACUACAGCAUGCAGUAAUAUUUUAGAUGAUAGUACAUUUGAAACGCAUCUCUCUGUGCAAUGAAGUUUCCCUGUUUGGUGUGGAGAAACUCACCUGAGCAGUACAGAGAUCAGCCUUCACUGCAGUCUGACACUUUUAUAUGGUGACCCUGAGGGUCAAAACACAACAAAACCUCAAAAAGCAAAAACAGCAUUUCAUAAAACACAACAUUUGAGAGAACAAAGUGACACCACAUUUUAUGGAAAAGAGGGGACAGCACUUUUUCUUGGAAAGUCUUGUCUCCCCAUUUGUUAUGUUUUGUUAAAUGUAGCUGUGUUUUCAGCCAUUAGCCAGACUUCAUCACAUAACACAUCACACAUUUAACUCACGUGGCCAAAGAGGAGAACAUUUUAAAGCUAUCAAAGUCUUUACAAUAACGGUGCAUUCAUUAACAUUACUUAAUGCAGCAGUGAGCAUUAACUAAUGUUAAUUAACUGUAAACUUAUCUCAUAACCAUUUACUAAUGGUGU